CUCGCACAUCGAGCCGUCGACGCAUGGUGCUCGGGACUGCCACGUGGACCGACUUCUUUCGCGCGAAGAAUGUCCUUCCCAUGUUCACCCUAACGAAAACGAAGCACUGCUCCGAGCAGCCGCAGCCGGAAACCCCUUGCGAAGAUGGUCCCAUCGACACGCGGGAUGUUCACGGGGCUUCCAUGUGUGGUGACAACGUAACAAGGGCAGAACAACAUGUCGACGAGCUUUUCGAGGCAGCCAAGGAAGGAAUGCUGUCGGAAGUGCGGCGGCUGUGCGAAAACGUGGAGGUGGACCCCGACUCGCGAGGGUACAUGGGAUGGACAGCUGCACAUUGGGCGGCGCGAGAAGGCCACGUCCAUAUUUUGGAAUACUUGCGGCACAUCGGUGCCAACUUGGACAGCUUGGAUCGAAAGGGGGAUUGCUUGCUGCACAAGGCCGCAGCCAACGGACAGCACCACGUGUGUGUGUGGUUGCUCGACAACAACUUUAACGUUCGAGCCGUCAACAACAAUGGGAUGACGCCGCUCGACUUGGUGCGGGAGAAGGCCAGUGCCUCUCGAGAUGCACUCACGUUACAAUGCGAAACCCUCCUCGUGAAAGAAGGCGAGUGCACGUUUUAACAAGACCGUUUAAUCCACGUUCGUUCCUCGAGCA